GGGUGAAGUCAUGACGACAUAGCAUGCUGCGAGGCACGUCGGAGUAACAGUGGGUAGGACUUCAAGUUGUUAUACUUAAUUAUAUAGUCCGCUUCCAUUAACCUGAAUAAUCCUGUCUAUCUUCAUCUUUCCCUCCUCCUCACGUUGAGAAUCUGUCCCGAAAGAACAUCGCUAUGCCCGAGAAAGACGACCCAACACAAUAUGAGAUUCGCCCGGAUCCUCAGCAACUUACUGGCCCUCAGGACCACCCCGAUUCAGAAAAGGUGUCAACUGGCGUAGACUAUGAGCCGCAUCCCGAGAACAGCAUCAAGCUGCCGCCAAACCGUGAGAAGAUCGUCAAGUCCAUUACGAACCUCUAUAGCGGCAGCGCAAGCGAAGAAGACAUGCAAGUCUACGCCGAGAAAUCCGUGUACGAUGACCCCUGGAGCUUCUGCGACACCCGCUACAAGAUCGCUGGACAGUGGUGGGGUAUCCCAGCAAUCAUGGCGAAAACGCGGACGUUGAAGACGGAAGUGGUGGCGAAUGAACCUGACCGCAUCAUCUUCAAGCUGCAGCAAGAGUGGACGCCAAAAGUGGUGCACUUUACCAAGGCCGUCAACUCACUCGUAACGCUGACGUUGGACGAGAAUGACAAGGUCAAGUACCACAAGGAUAUGUGGAACCACAAUGACUACUCGCAUGAGGGUAUUGGAAAGGUUAUGAAGACGCUCAAUGGAGACCAUCUCACCAAGAUCACUCAACCGCCCGAUAGCCUUUGAUACCCCAAACUGUUAGAAGCAGCUGGUGCAGCCAGAUAGACUGUCCCCGUUUCUCGAGACUUGACGUCGUAUGUGGUCUCCACCAGUCUCUCGUUCGCAUAAGCUGUCCCUGGCGCGCAUAACGUCCUUAUGUCUUAGGCAGAUCGUGGAUCUUCAGGUGUCGUACCAUCGCUUGCUUAUCGCCGAGAAAGCAGUGAAGCCGUACUGGAGGAGCGCGAUAAUGCGUGGGCAUGAACGCGUCGACGAGGAUCACCGUAGAAGAUUGGUAGUGCCUCUUGACGAAUGCGCUUGCGUACCCCGAGCAUGUCUGUAAUAUCUAACAGACUCAGUGGCUUUGGUGAGACUAGCGCCAGAGUGUAGAUGUGGUUCAGCAGCUCCGCCGGGAGAAGGAAGUAGCUGCAUGGUUGCUGCUUGUGCUCUAACAUAUUGUGAACACUGGUCAACAU